AUUUGCCUUCUUCAUUGGUUCCUCAAUUCCAGCUUGCUUCGACGCAGUAAUGGCAACAGACUGCAUUAAGAAUUGUUGUAGAGGAUGUUUAUAUAUUGAAAAAGAAAAGCAUGAUGACUCUCUGGAGAAAGAAUCUGCAGUUACAGACAAAUAUAGAUCAAAAGUAGUGGAGAAACCUCCUUUGUCUUCAGUAUCCAUGAAAAAGCAAGUUGGCUGUUCAGAAGAUUAUCUUCUCUCCAAAUUCCCACCAGGUGGCAAAGAAAUACCCUUUGUAGUUCCUCAGUUCAAGCUUACUUACAUCCAACCUAGGAACCUCGGUAAUCCACAUCUUGGGGGACUUCAAGGUUCUGUUGUCUCAUCUUUCAGUGACCGGAAAGCAGAACUUUCUAGUACAUACCAUCAAAGACCUCCUGUUGAUGUGCUAUAUAACCCGUUCUAUAUGCAGUUGCCACCUCUUUCUCCUGAUUUCAGUCAGUGCCAUGCAGAAAAAGUGGCGAAUAGGAGAUUAUAUGGGUCAGUUUGCGACUUAAGAAGUAGCACAUUGCCCUGCUCUUCCUCUCUAAGUCAUUCUAUGUUUGAUCUUACAAGUCCACCCCACCGAUUUCUUCAGAGGUAUGAUUCUGCCUCCAGUGUACCAAGCAGCAUCUCCUCCAGAAAGGAUUCGCAAGGUAGUAACAGGAGUUUAGAUACGAUUACAUUAUCAGGUGACGAAAGAGAAUUUGGCAGGCUGAAUGUGAAGGUGUGCUAUGUUUUUUCUGUUGAACAGAUAUGGAUCACCAUCUUGAAAUGCAAAGAUUUGAACUGGUCAUCUACUUGUGAAGAACAGCCUCAAAUCUCCAUCAAAGGAAUCAUCACCCUACACAAACCAGUGCAGUUCAGAUGUUUAGCAAAAGAAGCUUCCAGUGAUAUUGAGUUCAUGGAAACAUUCGUCUUUGCUAUUAAAUUGCAACUCCUCCAGACUGCAAGACUUGUGUUCAAAGUACAAUCCCUGAUUCCCAGGAGAAAAACUAUAGGAGAAUGUAUUUUGCCACUGCGAGACCUCAGUUCACAGGAAGUGGAUUACUGGCUGAUGAUAACACCUCCUUCCAAAGCUUUAGUGUGUUCUGCAGAACUGAAAAUAGGCACCUGUUUUCAAGCAGUAAACAGCCGGAUCCAGUUGCAAAUUCUGGAAGCUCAGAACCUUCCAAGUUCAUCCACACCAUUGUCUUCAAAUUUUUUUGUAAAGAUUGUCAUGCUCAGCACUGAAGGAUUGGUUGAUAAGAAAAAGACACGUCUACUGAAAUCUACUAACAGUCAAGUAAAAUGGGGAGAAACUCUGAUAUUCCCAGUGAGCCAGAAUGAACAUGGAAUAAACUUUCUCAUCAAACUCUACAGUAGGAGCUCAGUGAGAAGAAAACACUUUCUGGGACAGGUUUGGCUAAGCAAUGACAGCAACAGUGCAGAAGCUGCUGAUCAAUGGAGGGACACAAUUGCUAAUCCAGAGAAGGUUGUGGUUAAAUGGCAUAACAUCAGUCCAGCGUGAUCAGGCCUGCUUUGAGCAGUCCUUUUGGUACUGAUUUGGACAUGAGCCCAGAGACUUUUGCACUUAUUUAAAAUAAACAGCCAUCAGAUAACAAAAAAAGAAAAGAAAAAUACCUACAUGGACCACAUCCAAUAGCAUCUCUGAACAAGAAAAUCACAGAGGAAACAGUGUUGAUAAAGGAAGCAUAGGCUGGAAAUCCUAGCAAAGAACAUGGAAUUCAAAAGCCAUGUUGAAAAAUUAGGGGCUUGAUUGCUAAUUGACUGUUUUAAAAAAAUCUUUAAGGCUUACACAUAGAACUUUUUAAUAUUUAUACUCAAGAAGAAAAAUUAAUUUAAAACUUUGUAUAGAUUUUAGUCAAAAAUACCAGGGAGGGCUUUCCUUCAGGAAAAUUUAGUUCCAUGUAUUAGUUGACAACCACGCUUCAGUUAUUGUGCUGCAUCUAAAAGUAUUCCAUGGACGCUUUAUCACUUCUACCAACAUGUGGAACAAGGUAUGAGGUAAGAUAGGCAGGGAGGUAGAACUAAUAUGUUAUCAUUCAAGUUCUUGAAAUAAACAUUUUAAAGUAA